UGGCCACUGUGGCUGUAGCUUGCAUCAUCGUCACCAUGGUAACCGAGCUGGCCAGCAACGCCACCACCAUCACCAUCUUCCUGCCCAUCCUCUCGCCUCUGGCCGAAGGCAUUCGCGUCAACCCCUUGUCGGUAUUGAUCCCGGCCACGUUGUGCACGUCCUUCUCCUUCCUGCUGCCGGCGUCCAAUCCUCCCAACGCCGUGGUUUUCGCCUACGGACACUUUAGCGUGGCAGACAUGGUGAAGGCAGGACUGGGUGCCAACGUGAUCGGCCUCCUCGUCGUCUUAUUGGCCGUGAGCACCUGGGGCGUGCCUUUGUUCUCACUGGAUACGUAUCCCGAUUGGGCGCCGCCGUUCAACGCCACCGUGCCGUGACAGGCGCAGCUCGCAAUCACCUUCAUCU